AUGGUUUCCCUCAGUCGCCUAUACGUGGCCGCUCACUUUCCACACCAAGUGCUUGGUGGUCUUAUUGGAGGUGCACUCAUUGGCUGGGCCUUUUCCAAGUGGGCUAGCGUCUACACUGAGGACUAUCGCUCCGUUUAUGGUUCACAGACCUACAGUGAGCGGAUCCCGUCUAGAUUUCUGCAGCCGCUUCAACUCCUUUGCCUGGCUGUUGCCUCCCUCCUGCUGGCUGUAGCUUUCGGCCAAACUCUGGCCUGGAUGGGUGUAGAUGUUAACAAGAGCGAACGUCUGGCUCGAGGGGCCUGUGCUCGUUCCGAGUGGGUGCACGCCUCCACCAGCCUUAUCGCCAGCUAUGCUCGAAUAUCGGGAUCAGUACUGGGUCUCGCUGUCGCCCUUCUGCUGCGACCGGCCAUGCCCCACUGCAGCCCCCGCGCCAACAGCACCCUUAAACGCAUUCUCCUCUCCUCCUCCAUGGCCUUUAUCCUGGUGACCACGGUGGACGCUCUGCUGGUCUCUGUGAGCGACAUCAUCCGUCUCGCACUG